AUACGAUAAAUGGCGCUAAAUUUUAUAAACAAAGAAGGUUAUGUUGAACCAAAAUCAGUGAAAAAUCCGCUUUUGUAAAAUAUAUGACAAUAGAUUCAGAGAACAUUUAACGAGCAAGGACGAGUGAACAGUUAUUAUACGAUAAACAAUGAACAAACCUGGUUCGAUUCGACAAAUUAUUGUGAAGGAUUUUGUAACGUAUAGCUAUGCCGAGCUUAAUCCUGGACCAAAUCUUAAUAUGAUAAUAGGCCCAAAUGGCAGUGGGAAAUCGACGAUUGUUGCUGCAAUUAUCUUGGGAUUAGGAGGAAACCCGAAAACUGUCGGUCGUGGUACUAAAAUUUCGGAGUAUGUGCGGCACGAUUGCGAACGAGCUACCAUACGAAUUAUUUUAUAUAGUCAUAAUGAGGAUGAAUCUGUAUGUAUCAGUAGACAUUUUGAUACUUCCGAUAAAACAACAUGGGAACUAAAUGGGAAAAAAGUACCGUUUAAAGAAAUUGAACAGACCAUACAGCAGUUUAACAUACAAGUGGAUAACUUAUGCCAAUUUUUACCUCAGGACAGGGUGCAAGAUUUUGCAAAAUUGAACAAACAACAACUGCUCCAGCAAACCCAAGUCGCCAUUUGUAGAAAUGAUUUGAUGGAAAAGCAGCAAAAUUUGAUUAAUUUUCGCGAAAGACACAAAGAGAUUCAAGUUUCCUUGGAAAAUUGGGCGAAGAAAUUGCAAGAGUUACAGGAUGCCAAUAGUCGAAUAGAGGGAAAAGUUCAAAAUUUAACCAAAAAGAAGAAAUAUGCGAAAUAUAUCGAAGAUAUUGAGCGAAAGGUUGCGUGGGUUAAAUAUGAAAAUCUUCGCAUAAAACUUGACGAUAUCAAACAAGAUAAAGCAAGAGCGACUGAGGCGUUAAAUCAACAUAGGACCGCACUUCAACCCAUACGAAGUACUAUCGGUAAUGCGGAGAAAGUGGUUCGAAAUAUUGAGCAAAGGAUUAGAAAUGUGAACAAUGUGAUAAGGAGUCACGAAACUGAAGUACAAAGCAAAUUGGACGGUUCUACAAAAGUAAAAUCGAGUCUUGUAGAAAUUCAAGGCGAUUUGGAUGCUAAAUUACGAGAAAUAGACACCAGAAAUGAGGAAAUUUUAAAAAUUCAAAACGAGAUUACCGAACUUAACGAAAAAAAAUCACAACUGCAGCAACAGAACGGUGUCGAAAGAGAAAACAACAUUAGAUCUCUUAAUGAGGAAGCUCGGAGAAUUAUGUCCGUGAUUAACAGGGACACCGAAAAAAAAGGCGAGUGCGAAAAUUCCAAACGCAAUAAAUCGUACGAAAUGCGCUGCCUUGAAAACGAGCUGGAAAACUUGGAAAAUGUGAAACAGCAGCGCUUGGAAUGGUUACGACGUAUGGAUAAGCAUGCGUAUUCCGCAGUUCAGUGGUUGCGAAAAAAUAAAGAGUUAUUCAAGGGUCCGGUUUAUGAGCCAAUGUUGCUAGAGUUGAAUGUUUUAAAUCCCAACCACGCGAUAUUCGUCGAAAAUACAAUUCCGAUCAGAGACAGAGUUGCAUUUACAUGCGUGUUGAAAGAAGAUAUGAAUACGCUCAUAGUGAAAUUGCGGGACGAACAGAAAUUAAAUGUUAACGUGGUACAUUCUGGAAUGGAACGAUCCAGCAUAAACCAGUACCAGCCGACAAUUCCGAUUGAACAACUAAAACCGUUUGGAAUGUUUGCCUAUAUCAAAUCUCUCGUCACCGGACCAGAACCGAUUAUGAAGUAUUUAUGCAAAACCUAUCAAAUACAUAACAUUCCUGUGGGGAAUAGUCUGACAAAUCAACGUUUCGAAAGUGUACCGCCGCAAAUUACAAACUUCUUCAGCGAUACCUAUCGGUUCUCGACGAGUUAUUCAAAAUAUACAAGAGAAAAAAGUACCAGGCAAAAUGAAAUAAAAUCCGACAAUAGUUUCUCAAUUUCUAUGGACGCGGAGCGUAUUGAAAAUAUUCGUGGCCAAUUGACUGAAGUACAACAGUUUUGUCGUAAAUAUGACGACCAAGUCAGCAGUUUGAAUAAUCAGAUUAACCAAAAUAAUCAAAGUCUGACGUUAAUUCGACAAAAUAUCCAAGGUUUAAAGAAGGUAAAACAAGAUAUAGAUGCUUGUGAGUCUCGACUAAGGAUAUUAAAGAACAAACUGCAUCAGAUGGAACAGAAUCCGGCAACGAAAGAAGAAAUCGAACGAGAAUUUCAUGCUCAAAUAAAGCACGUUCUUAAUCGGUUGGUUGGCGUGCAAAAGGAAAUCAAGGAAGCUUUUAAAUCCUAUUCCAAAGUAAUAUUAGACGCAGAUCUGGAUAAAAUUAACCUAGAAACAAAUCGUAAACAAAUAAUUUUUUUAAAGAAUAAGUCGAAAGAUUUAGAAACACUACUUGCUAAAACCGAAGAAACUUUAAACGUCAUUAAGACGACAUACUCAAACGUCAUGGCGGAAGGAAAGGCAGCGUUAAGUAAAGCGAAACAACUUUCUAAUGGACAUACCCCUAACGAUGAGGGAUUCGAUGUAUUCAGGGACGUUUACGAUCGUUUGCCGCAGGAAUUAGUGGAUCUGGAAUCGGAAAAGGAGGGCACGCUCGCGAAAAUCGAUUGUCUUAGUACAGCCGACGAUAACGAGUUGGGCGAUUACCACAAGAGGCAAGAACUUAUAAUCAAAUUUGAAAACGACAUCAGGGACGGCCACGCCCAGUUGGACAAUACAAAUUUGAAUAUGGACAAAUUGGAAAAGGAGUGGUUGGAGCCGCUGGAACAGUUAGUGCAAGAGAUAAAUGACAAAUUUAGCACUGCGUUCAGGCGAAUGGGAUGUGCUGGAGAUAUUUCUAUAUACAAAGGUCCAAAUGAGAAAGAUUUCUCGGAAUACGGUUUAAGCAUCAAAGUGAAAUAUAGAGAUUCCGAGCCACUUCAAGAACUAAACAAUAUUGUGCAAAGCGGUGGAGAACGAGCGGUCGCAACUGGUGCAUUCAUGCUAUCCCUACAAGAACUCACUCCUGUUCCUUUUCGUUGUGUUGACGAAAUUAAUCAGGGUAUGGACUCUAAUAACGAGCGACGAAUCUUUGAGCUUCUUGUUGAUGCUACUACCCAAUCUGACACCUCACAGUAUUUCUUUAUUACUCCAAAGUUGGUGCCAAAUUUAAAGUUUGUUAAAGGCAUGACCGUCCAUAUCGUUCACAAUGGUCCUUUUGUCACGUCUCAAAAGGAGUGGAACCAAGCUUUUGAUCAUGUAAAGAAAGCUGCUUUACAUAAGUGAUUCGUUUUUUUAUACUUUUGCAAUGAUUAGGUUACCAAACGUUAAUGUAUAUCGAAUAAAUGAAAUUA